CACACAUCGGUCGAAUAAGAAUAACAACAAAUUGCAUUUACAAACAUGUCUCUCUCCUUCUUCUCUUCGCCGGUGUAGUUCUGCAAAAUCACCAUUCGGAUAUUCGAUUUCUGUGCCUGAAAAUGCUUCAUCUUCUCCCAAUCCUCACCAUCUCUCACUGAUUCGAUUUUUCUUGUUCAAAGGUUCUAAGGUUUCCGCAAGAGUAGGUGCAACCAAAACGGUGUCGGCUUUCGUUCAAUGGGUGCUCCUAAGCAGAAGUGGACUGCGGAAGAAGAAGCGGCGCUGAAAGCCGGAGUAGUCAAACAUGGGGCAGGAAAAUGGCGCACUAUACUUACAGAUCCUGAGUUCAGUUCCAUCUUGCGCAUGCGUUCAAAUGUAGAUCUCAAGGAUAAGUGGAGGAAUAUAAAUGUGACAGCAAUAUGGGGAUCCCGGCAGAAGGCAAAGCUUGCUCUUAAGAAGAACCUUCCACCCCCCAAAAUUGACAAUAGCCAUUUGGCCUUGAGUACAGUAGUUCAACGUGAAGAAGUUCUUGACACUAAGCCCCUUGCAAUUUCUGAUGGAACAUUGCAAUCUCCUAAUUCAAAAGACCAUAUGUCAAGGUUGGGGGAUAAUCACAUAUUGGAGGCUAUUGUCAAUAUGAAGGAACAAAAGGGUUGUGACAAGGUGGCCAUUGCUUCUUACUUAGAGGAGAAAUAUCAGUGUCCCCCAAACCUCAGAAAGCUACUAUCAACAAAAAUGAAGCAUAUGGUGGCAAGUGGCAAAAUAAUCAAGGAAAAGCUUAAAUACAGAAUUCCGCCAAGUUCAGCAGUCUCUGAGAAAAGAAGAUGCUCUUCCGUGAUACUUCUGGAAGAUAGGCCCAGAGAUUCUCGAGAAACAGAGAAGAGCGAUGAAGUCCACAUCCUUUCAAAAUCCCAAAUUGAUGCAGAACUAUCUAAAGGGAAGAGGAUGACAGCUCAAGAGGCAGCGGCUGCAGCUGCAAAAGCAGUUGUUGAGGCAGAACUUGCCGUUGCACAGGCUGAGGCAGCAGCCAGGGAGGCAGAGGCUGCAGAAGCUGAAGCUGAGGCUGCUCAAGUGUUUGCAAAAGCAGCAAUGAAGGCAUUAAAAUGCAAAAUGCUUCAUUUCUGAUGGUUCGUCACCAGCAGGGUUGGCUUGAGAUAAUAGUUCUGCUGCUGUGCUUCAUGCCUGUUUUUUACGCUGUACAUAAUUUUCGGCUUGUAAAUCUUGAAUAGGUGGCAUGAUUCAUGAAACAUUUUGUCACGAGUCAGAAUUAGUUUUUUUUAAAUUCCCCCUUAUUAUUUUGAAAGGCAGUGAGGACUGAGAAGAAGGCUACAUAGUACUAACAGAAGAGUGCUGCAAUGGAAUGGUUGACAUUUCCACUUAGAGUAAAUGAAAGGAAACAAUUUUUAGUAGUUUUCCGGUAGCAAUAUGGAUUUUCAUUGACAUUCAGAUCAUUUUUACACGGAUCCUUGUUUUUGGUUAUGCAGUAUAUUGAUUUUCCCUUGAGGUUUGUCAAAAGUUAUAUUUAUACA